AUGUCCAUCAUUCCAAUCCCACAGCUCCCCACCAAUCACCAUGUCCAUCAUUCCAAUCCCACAGCUCCCCACCAAUCACCAUGUCCAUCAUUCCAGUCCCACAGCUCCCCACCAAUCAUCAUCUCCAUCAUUCCAAUCCCACAGCUCCCCACCAAUCAUCAUGUCCAUCAUUCCAGUCCCACAGCUCCCCACCAAUCACCAUCUCCAUCAUUCCAAUCCCACAGCUCCCCACCAAUCAUCAUCUUCAUCAAUCCAAUCCCACAGCUCUCCACCAAUCACCAUGUCCAUCAUUCCAGUCCCACAGCUCCCCACCAAUCACCAUCUCCAUCAUUCCAAUCCCACAGCUCCCCACCAAUCACCAUCUCCAUCAUUCCAAUCCCACAGCUCCCCACCAAUCACCAUGUCCAUCAUUCCAAUCCCACAGCUCCCCACCAAUCACCAUGUCCAUCAUUCCAGUCCCACAGCUCCCCACCAAUCACCAUGUCCAUCAUUCCAGUCCCACAGCUCCCCACCAAUCACCAUCUCUAUCAUUCCAAUCCCACAGCUCCCCACCAAUCAUCAUCUCCAUCAAUCCAAUCCCACAGCUCCCCACCAAUCACCAUGUCCAUCAUUCCAGUCCCACAGCUCCCCACCAAUCAUCAUCUCCAUCAUUCCAAUCCCACAGCUCCCCACCAAUCAUCAUCUCCAUCAAUCCAAUCCCACAGCUCCCCACCAAUCACCAUGUCCAUCAUUCCAGUCCCACAGCUCCCCACCAAUCACCAUCUCUAUCAUUCCAAUCCCACAGCUCCCCACCAAUCAUCAUCUCCAUCAUUCCAAUCCCACAGCUCCCCACCAAUCACCAUGUCCAUCAUUCCAGUCCCACAGCUCCCCACCAAUCACCAUGUCCAUCAUUCCAGUCCCACAGCUCCCCACCAAUCACCAUGUCCAUCAUUCCAGUCCCACAGCUCCCCACCAAUCAUCAUCUCCAUCAUUCCAAUCCCACAGCUCCCCACCAAUCAUCAUCUCCAUCAAUCCAAUCCCACAGCUCCCCACCAAUCACCAUGUCCAUCAUUCCAGUCCCACAGCUCCCCACCAAUCACCAUCUCUAUCAUUCCAAUCCCACAGCUCCCCACCAAUCAUCAUCUCCAUCAAUCCAAUCCCACAGCUCCCCACCAAUCACCAUGUCCAUCAUUUCAGUCCCACAGCUCCCCACCAAUCAUCAUCUCCAUCAUUCCAAUCCCACAGCUCCCCACCAAUCAUCAUCUCCAUCAAUCCAAUCCCACAGCUCCCCACCAAUCACCAUGUCCAUCAUUCCAGUCCCACAGCUCCCCACCAAUCAUCAUCUCCAUCAUUCCAAUCCCACAGCUCCCCACCAAUCACCAUGUCCAUCAUUCCAGUCCCACAGCUCCCCACCAAUCACCAUCUCCAUCAUUCCAGUCCCACAACUCCCCACCAAUCAUCAUCUCCAUCAUUCCAAUCCCACAGCUCCCCACCAAUCACCAUGUCCAUCAUUCCAGUCCCACAGCUCCCCACCGAUCAUCAUCUCCAUCAUUCCAGUCCCACAGCUCCCCACCAAUCACCAUGUCCAUCAUUCCAAUCCCACAGCUCCCCACCAAUCACCAUCUCCAUCAUGCCAAUCCCACAGCUCCCCACCAAUCACCAUGUCCAUCAUUCCAGUCCCACAGCUCCCCACCAAUCACCAUGUCCAUCAUUCCAGUUCCAAAGCUCCCCACCAAUCACCAUCUCCAUCAUUCCAAUCCCACAGCUCCCCACCAAUCACCAUCUCCAUCAAUCCAAUUCCACCGAAAAAUGUUGGCAUAA